GGCGCCUCAAGGUCGCUUUGCGGAGCGGGAUCGCGCGUAAGUGACCGGCCCCAGGUUCGGGUGCGCGCUGUCACUCUCUGGUAAGCUCGCCGGCGACAUGUCGGGGUACACGCCCGAUGAGAAGCUGCGGCUGCAGCAGCUGCGGGAGCUGAGAAGGCGAUGGCUGAAGGACCAAGAGCUGAGCCCCCGGGAGCCCGUGUUGCCCCCGCGCAGGAUGUGGCCCCUGGAGCGAUUCUGGAAUAACUUUUUGCGGGACCGGGCCCUGUGGAAGUACAUGAUCUUCAAGGCGUACCGCACCAGUCUCUUCACUGUUUCCCAUGUGAUCAUACCUCUCUGGUUCGUCCACUAUUACGUCAAAUAUCAUGUGGCUACUAAACCAUAUGCCAUUGUUGGCACGAAGCCCAGAAUAUUUCCAGGUGAUACAAUUCUGGAGACUGGAGAAGUAAUUCCACCAAUGAGAGAUUUUCCUGAUAAACAUCAUUGAAGAGCUCUUAAAAAUUUAAAAAACUUGUGUAACAGCACAAGUAUGUUUCAAAAGUGCUGUAUUUACUGAAUCUAUUUCCUAGAAAAGUAAUUAAUAAAACUUAUUCCUGUCCUUGUCACUGUACUUGUUACUGUCUCCGAUUUGA